ACGGUCAGAAAACAAGCGAGAGGGCAAAAAAUUAGAGAGAGACGCUUGCAAACUAAGCCCACCAUGCUAUCCCUUCCACCAUGGCUGAAACCCAUGUGUAAUCUUUCCACCAUGCUGAAACCAGACAUUAGACUGCAUUAGACAAACCAGUUCAUCGUCGGUCACAGUAAAUCGCGAGCAUGUCCGCCGUGGUGAAAGGGAUAGCACUCACCAUGAUAUCCGGUCUCAGGAUCCUUUCUGCCGCGAUAACGCGUAUUGCGCACGUGAUGGGAAUUUGGCACGAGAUGAAGAAGCGAAUCGUGAUAUUCGGCGGCACCGGCGACACCGGCCUCUGCUCUCUGAGAACCGCCGUGGAAAAGGGUUUGGAGGUGAGAGCUUUUGUAAGAGACAAAGCCGAGAUUCCUGAGGAUCUUAGUAACAAAGUCGAAGCAAUUGUUGGAGAUGUCACUAAUGCGAAGGAGGUUGCAGAUGCGAUAGCUGGUACAGAUUUCGUCGUGGUAGUACGCAAUACCAGGACUGACGUGGCCCCUACUAACAUGCUACCUCAAGGCAUGAAGAACAUAGUGGAUGCCAUGAAAGCGCAUAGUGUCAAGCUGAUCUCCGUGUGCAUAAAAGCAUAUCUAUUCUACAAAUGUAAAAUACCACGUAAUCAAUUGCAAGAAAUUAAUUCGGACAUAGAUCAUCUGGAAAUGUUAGAAAUAAUCAAAUCGAGUGGCUUAAAAUGGGUGGUGAUAAUGCCAAUGCACAUUGCAGACAGACCAAAGUCCGAGUAUAAAAUCGUAUUCGAGUCUGGGCCAGUUCCAUCAAAUUAUAUCUCCAAACACGACCUUGGUGCGAGUCUCGUCGAAUGUCUCGAGGAUCCAAAAUAUUACGAAAAGGUCUGCACCAUCGGGAACGUUUUAUGAUGUGGAAUGUAGGGAUGUAUAAAUAAUAAGAUGCAUGUAUUUCUAUUUCUAAAAUAAACAUGGUGGAAAAAUAAAUAUGUAUAUAUUUUAUCUAAAUAUCGUUAUCACGUUCGACAAGUUUGGCAUUUAUGCAAUUGACGCGAAAUUGCACGAGUUGGAUGGAAGAAAGCAAGCGUAUAAAG